GGCUCCUCCUGCUACAGACUGAGACGGAGCUGGCACAGAGCGGCGAUACGGGGGGAGCAGAAACACUACGUAGAACGGCGUUUACACCCCAAAUACCAGCGGGUUUUCGGUCGCAAUUGUUUGGGUGUAUUUGUAAAAUUGGCGGUCGGGGUUGUAGUUCGGCUCGAGUGUCAAAAUUAGAAGCGGGCGGUCGAGGAUAGGAGUCUAUUUUUUAACAACCAACUCCCCAGAUGAACUCCGUCAGAUCCACCAGCAGGAGACCCAGGCGAGUGUCGAGGCCGCGCCCGGUGCAGCCCGAACGGAACAACGGGGAGCGAGAUGAGGAGGCUCCUGCAGCAGCUGCAGCGGAGAUGGCUGUGGAAGAGUCCGGUCCAGGAGCUCAGAACAGUCCCUACCAGCUUCGACGCAAGUCCCUGGUGCCCAGGAGAACCGCUGCUGCCUCUGCCACCGCCUCUGCCUGCCCCAGCAAGGGUCCUAUGGAGGGAGCAUCUACUUCAUCAACAGAGGCCUUUGGCCAUCGAGCCAAGCGGGCACGGAUGUCCAUUAAGAGCCAUGACCUGCCAGCAGCCCCAGCAGAGCAAUAUCUGCAGCAGAAGCUUCCAGAUGAGGUCGUGUUGAAGAUCUUCUCCUACUUGCUGGAACAGGACCUCUGCCAGGCAGCCUGUGUCUGCAAGAGAUUCAGCCAGUUAGCCAAUGACCCUAUCUUAUGGAAGCGUCUAUACAUGGAGGUGUUUGAAUACACACGUCCCAUGAUGCAUCCUGAACCAGGCAGGUUUUAUCAAGUCAGCCCUGAGGAGCACGAACACCCGAACCCCUGGAAGGAGAGCUUCCAACAGUUGUACAAAGGUGCCCAUGUUAAGCCAGGCUUUGCUGAGCAUUUCUACAGUAACCCAGGCAGAUACAAAGGCAGAGAGAACAUGCUGUACUAUGACACCAUUGAGGAUGCACUGGGUGGAGUGCAAGAAGCUCACUUUGAUGGUCUAAUCUUUGUCCACUCUGGCAUCUACACAGACGAGUGGAUUUAUAUUGAGUCUCCCAUCACCAUGAUCGGUGCAGCUCCCGGUAAAGUAGCUGACAAGGUGGUGAUAGAAAACACCAGAGACUCUACGUUUGUAUUCAUGGAAGGCUCAGAGGACGCCUAUGUGGGAUACAUGACCAUCAGGUUCAACCCUGAUGACAAGUCUGCGCAGCACCACAACGCUCACCACUGUCUGGAGAUCACAGUCAACUGCAGUCCCAAUAUCGAUCACUGCAUCAUCCGCUCCACCUGCACAGUGGGCUCAGCGGUGUGUGUGAGUGGCCAGGGGGCAUGUCCAACCAUCAAACACUGCAACAUCAGUGACUGUGAGAAUGUAGGACUGUACAUAACAGACCAUGCACAGGGCAUAUAUGAAGAUAAUGAGAUCAGCAACAAUGCCCUCGCGGGGAUUUGGGUGAAGAACCACGGCAACCCCAUCAUCAGGCGCAACCACAUCCACCACGGCCGAGACGUCGGAGUGUUCACCUUCGAUCAUGGCAUGGGUUACUUUGAGAGCUGUAACAUCCAUAGGAACCGCAUAGCAGGCUUUGAGGUGAAGGCCUACGCUAACCCCACAGUGGUACGCUGUGAGAUCCAUCAUGGCCAAACGGGAGGAAUCUAUGUCCAUGAGAAGGGACGGGGACAGUUCAUAGAGAAUAAGAUUUAUGCCAACAACUUUGCGGGAGUCUGGAUCACCUCCAACAGCGACCCCACGAUACGGGGAAACGCUAUAUUCAACGGCAACCAAGGAGGGGUGUACAUAUUUGGAGAUGGGCGGGGUUUGAUAGAGAGUAAUGACAUCUAUGGUAACGCCUUGGCGGGAAUCCAGAUCCGCACCAACAGUUGCCCCAUUGUACGGCACAAUAAGAUCCAUGAUGGACAGCAUGGGGGCAUCUACGUGCAUGAGAAAGGCCAGGGUGUGAUUGAGGAGAACGAGGUCUACAGUAACACACUGGCCGGAGUCUGGGUGACCACCGGCAGCACCCCUGUCCUCCGCAGGAACCGCAUCCACAGCGGGAAACAGGUUGGUGUGUAUUUCUAUGACAAUGGACAUGGCGUGCUGGAAGACAAUGACAUCUACAAUCACAUGUACUCGGGUGUACAGAUAAGGACGGGGAGCAACCCAAAGAUUAGGCGCAACAAGAUUUGGGGAGGACAGAAUGGAGGCAUUUUAGUCUACAACUCAGGUCUGGGCUUCAUUGAGGACAAUGAGAUCUUUGACAAUGCCAUGGCCGGCGUCUGGAUCAAGACAGACAGCAACCCCACACUGCGGCGCAACAAGAUUCACGACGGCAGAGAUGGAGGCAUCUGCAUCUUCAACGGAGGCAGAGGUCUGCUGGAGGAGAAUGACAUCUUCAGGAAUGCUCAGGCCGGCGUGCUGAUCAGCACCAAUAGCCACCCAAUACUCCGCAAGAACCGCAUUUUUGACGGCUUUGCUGCAGGUAUUGAAAUCACUAACCAUGCCACAGCCACACUUGAGGGCAACCAGAUCUUCAAUAACCGCUUUGGAGGUUUAUUCCUGGCCUCGGGGGUCAAUGUUACUAUGAAAGAUAAUAAGAUUAUGAAUAACCAGGAUGCCAUAGAGAAGGCUGUGAGCAGAGGACAGUGUCUCUACAAGAUCUCCAGCUACACCAGUUAUCCCAUGCAUGACUUCUACAGGUGUCACACUUGUAAUACAACAGAUAGGAAUGCCAUCUGUGUUAACUGCAUCAAGAAAUGCCACCAAGGGCAUGACGUAGAGUUUAUACGGCACGAUAGGUUUUUCUGUGACUGCGGAGCGGGAACGUUGUCCAAUCCCUGCACAUUGGCCGGAGAGCCCACACACGACACAGACACCCUGUAUGACUCAGCGCCACCCAUCGAGUCCAACACACUGCAGCAUAACUGAACAUGCACACACACACACACACGUAACAUCACAGCCUUCACAUACAAACACUCGCACACAUCUACAGAAACACACACACACACACAUGCACACACCACUGCAGUUGCAUACACACACGGACAUCCAUAUGCAGCCAUAAGGACCCAGAGAGACUCUGUGUGUGCAGCGCUCUCAUAACAGGGCAGAGGUGAAUGAGGCUGCAGAGGAAGCAGCUGCAGGCAGACACGCCGCAGUGCUGGGAGUCUCCACCAGAGGGAGCAGUGGAGAGACUGACCAACCCACACAGCACGGCCACAAGAGAUUCCUCACUCGACUAUUUCUUAUUGCAGUCGUUACACAGAGAGAGAAGAGUAGGGCUGUGACGAGGAGCUGCCGAUGGAGGCCUGCGCCACCAUGGCAGCGUGUGAAGAUCCUCCAAUCACAGCCCACGUCUUCUCCACAUGAACUGCCCCCAGAGAGACUUCCUGCUUCCUUGCAGCUUCCGUCCCCAUUGGUUGCCCUGGCAGUUGUAACUAGGCAACGGAUGGGCGGAUGUAGCGCUCGUGUGUGGAUAAAGAAGUGCGAGACUUGUGUGUGAUGGAGCACUUGGGUUUUUUUGUUUUUGUUUUUGUUUUUUUUUUAAUAUGUUAUCCUGAUCAAUGGAUUUGAUUUCAAUGCUUUCUCAUGUAGUUUUGUAUUUUCAAGCAAAAAUCUGACUGUAUUUGAAUGUCUUUUAUUUUAUUAUAUAUUAUUAUAAUUAUUGUUAUUAAUUUUCUUUGGUUAGCGGCCCCCUCCCGCCCCCCUCACCCCACCUAGCCCCAGGCUUACUGCAGUUACUCAGGCGUCCCAGUGGUCAAGUUCUUUCUGUGAAAGAGAAUCUCGUUUAACACUAAAAACCCUCUCCAGCAUAUUAGCUUAAAUGGCAAGUGGAGGAGCUCCACAGUUGUAUAAAGGUGUGUGGGUGUAAAUGUGUGUGGUGUAUGGUAUGUGUACAGUGCAAGUUGUGAAUGUGUGUGUGAGAGAGUGAGUGUGUGUGUGUAUGUUUAUAAGUUGAUGCAGUCAAUGUUUUCUGGAGGGGGUUUCAUUAGGAGGAGUCAGAGCUCCUGGAAACUGGAACUGAAGAGUCAAUCUGCAGACACCCACCCGCCCCCCACCCGUUUCCCCUCCCCUCCCCUCCCCUCCCCUCCGUGUAUCGUGGUGACUGUGGCUCCUCAUGCAGCCUGAAUCGUAUGCAUGUACCAUAACAUCUAGACUUAAUAUAUUGUGAAGUAUUCAAUAACCAUUAUGUAGAUGCUAGUUGGAAUUCAAAAAUGGGUUUAAUUUCCUAGAAAGACAAAAAAAGAAAACAGGAAACUGGUCAUUUCUAAGAAAAUAAAACUUUAUUAGAUCACAA